AUGCAACCCCCGCGGGACCUGCGAGGCCUCUGGCUGCUGCCGCUGCCCUGGUUCCUGCUCCUGGGCGGCGGCGGCGAGGUGGCCGGAGCCGGCCGGCCGGCGGUCAGCUGCCCGGCCGCCUGCCUGUGCGCCAGCAACAUCCUCAGCUGCUCCAAGCAGCAGCUGCCCAACGUGCCCCACGCCCUGCCCAGCUACACGGCCCAGCUGGACCUCAGCCACAACAACCUGAGCCGCCUGCGGGCCGAGUGGACCCCCACGCGCCUCCCCCACCUGCACUCCCUGCUGCUGAGCCACAACCACCUGCACUUCAUCUCCUCCGAGGCCUUCUCCCCGGUCCCCAACCUGCGCUACCUGGACCUGUCCUCCAACCAGCUGCGCACGCUGGAGGAGGCGCUGUUCAGCGAGCUGCAGGCCCUGGAGGUGCUGCUGCUCUACAACAACCGCAUCGUGGCCGUGGACCGCGCCGCCUUCGAGGACGUGGCCCAGCUGCAGAAGCUCUACCUGAGCCAGAACCAGAUCGUCCGCUUCCCCCUGGAGCUGGUGCGGCUCCCCAAGCUGGCGCUGCUGGACCUCUCGGGCAACAGGCUCAAGAGCCUGCCCGUGGCCGAGCUGCAGAAGCUGCCCGCCUGGGUCAAGAACGGGCUGUACCUGCACAACAACCCGCUGCACUGCAGCUGCGAGCUCUACCAGCUCUUCGCCCACUGGCAGCGCCGGCGGCUCCGCCCCGCCGUGGACUUCCAGGAAGACCUGCGCUGCCUGAGCGCCAAGAAGCCCUACAGCGUCUUCGGCCUCAACUGCAGCGAGUACAAGGAGCGGGCCUGGGAGGCCCACCUGGGCGACAGCCUCACCCUCCACUGCGACACCAAGCAGCAGGGCAUGGCCAAGACGUGGGUGACGCCGGGCCACGAGCGUGUGCCGGACGCGGCCACGGCGGCGGCCAACGGCACGGCGCGGGUGCUGGGCAACGGCAGCCUGCACCUGCAGCGCGUGCAGGCGGAGGACGGCGGCGUGUACACCUGCUUCGCCGUCGGCGAGGCGUUCAACGAGACGCUGUCGGUGGAGCUGAAGGUGCACAACUUCACGCUGCACGGCCACCACGACACCCUCAACACGGCCUACACCACGCUGGUGGGCUGCAUCCUCAGCGUGGUGCUGGUCCUCAUCUACCUGUACCUCACGCCCUGCCGCUGCUGGUGCCGCGGCGUGGACAAGCCGGCCAGCCACCAGGGGGACAGCCUCAGCUCCUCCAUGCUCAGCACCACGCCCAACCACGACCCCCUGGCCGGAGGCAGGGACAAGCAGGAGGAGGAGGAGGAGGAGGAGGAGGACUUUGACCGGCGGGUGGCCUUCCUGGAGCCUGCCGGGCCCGGGCAGGACCAAAACGGCAAGCUCAAGCCGGGCAACACCCUGCCGGUGCCCGAGGCCGCGGGCAAGGGGCAGCGCAGGAUGUCGGACCCGGAGUCCGUCAGCUCCGUCUUCUCGGACACGCCCAUCGUGGUGUGA